GGGCAGACCAUGGAUUUUGUAGGUAUCUAUUGAAAAGAACUUGUUUUCCCGCAUGGCCAACUUUAUGUAGCUAUGUUGAGGGCAAGAAAUGUGGAUUCCAUUAAAAUAGUGAUCUGUCCUGAAAUUUCAGGUUCUGUGAUACCUAUCACCACAUGCAAUGUGGUAUAUCCGGAAAUUUUGCCUUAUAUUUCUUAGAAAUAGAAGUCGUUGCGAUGGGUGAUGAACUUUUCAUCUUUGAUUUGAAAUGGGAAACAAGACCAUGGACAUGCCGCCUCACUGUAGUCGAAAAACAAAACAUUCACACCGUGUUACUUUUCUGAUGGCGAUAACAACUCCUGACUUCCCGGUUUGUUUGAGUUGUUGCGAAUCACAAGGUACUAGGGUGCAGGCUACCGCAUUUCAGGGUGACAUUGAAGGGAUUGAUCAACGGCUUGAACUGCACUCUACCUACCAGAUAUCUAAUGCCUAUGUUAAGACGAUAAUUGACCUGAAGUUGUGUGUUGAUGACAAGUAUCCAUACCUUUGGUCUUUCAAGAGACGCACAUUUAUCAAGGACGUUAAACCUGAAGGUCAAAUCGAUUAUCAUCACCUGGCUCAGGAGGGUAUUACACCCUUUGCGGCUUUCUUUGACGCAUACGUGCAUGACUCUCGCAUCAGUACACUUUUUCGCUGUCCUUGAAUGUCUGUGAUUUUAUUGCGGAGUCUCAUCAAUAAUGUGCAUUUUUCAUUUUGUAGGUGCGCAUGCUAUCAUGUGCCUUGUACGUGCCAACAUUAAUUGCCAAAAUCGA